AGAUUUUCUUCCUGGAUGUUUCUUCAGCUGUCUUGUGAUGGAAGGGAAAUAUUUUUGAAGUUAUAAUGGAUUCUACACAACAACAUAACAAAAACUGGCCUAAUAGUAGCAUUUCUGUUUGAAGAGAAUAAGCAUAACUAGAAAUAAUCAUGACAACUUCUCAUAUGAAUGGACAUAUCACAGAAGAUUCUGACAGUGAAGCAAAAAAUGUGGAUCUUGUAUCUCCUGAGGAACCUCAGAAGCACAGAGAAAUGGCUGUUGAUUGCCCUGGGGAUUUGGGCUCCAGGAUGAUGCCCAUGAGGCGGAGCGCUCAACUUGAGAGAAUCCGUCAGCAGCAGGAGGACAUAAGACGCAGACGGGAAGAAGAGGGAAAGAAACAAGAACUGGACCUUACUGCUUCCAUGAGGCUAAAGAAACUAGCACAAAUUCCUCCUAAAACUGGAAUAGAUAAUCCAAUAUUUGACACAGAAGAAGGAAUUGUUUUGGAGAGUCCUCAUUAUACUGUGAAGACACUAGAAGUGGAAGAACUGUUAACUUCUCUUAAGCAUAUCCAGCACAUUUUGGUAGACCCUCAGAGCCAAGAGGAUAUCUCUCUCAUUUUACAGCUUGUUCAAAAUACUGAUUUUCAGAAUGCAUUUAAGAUACACAAUGCUGUUACAGUGCACAUGAACAAAGCCAGCCCUCCAUAUCCUCUCAUCUCCAAUGCACAAGAACUAGCGCAAGAGGUACAGAGUGUUUUGAAACCCAGUCACCAUAAGGAUGGGCAGGAGCUUAAUGCUUUGCUGAAUGCCCCUCACAUGCAGGCACUUUUACUGGCUCAUGAUAAGGUUGCGGAACAAGAAAUGCAACCAGAGCCUGUGACAGAUGAAAAAAUUUAUGAAAAUGUUGGCGUGUACGGAGGGGAGACGGUUAAAAUAGUUCGCAUUGAGAAAGCUCGGGAUAUUCCAUUGGGUGCUACUGUUCGCAAUGAAAUGGAUUCUGUUAUCAUUAGUCGAAUAGUGAAAGGAGGUGCUGCAGAGAAGAGUGGGCUGUUACAUGAAGGGGAUGAAGUUCUGGAGAUUAAUGGUAUUGAGAUUCGUGGAAAAGAUGUUAAUGAAGUUUUUGACUUGUUGGCUGACAUGCAUGGUACUCUGACCUUUGUGUUGAUUCCCAGUCAGCAGAGCAAGCCACCUCCUGCGAAGGAGACAGUUAUACAUGUGAAAGCGCAUUUUGACUAUGAUCCCUCUGAUGACCCUUACGUCCCCUGCCGAGAGUUAGGCCUAUCUUUUCAAAAAGGAGAUAUACUCCAUGUGAUCAGCCAAGAAGAUCCAAACUGGUGGCAGGCUUACAGAGAUGGAGAUGAAGAUAAUCAGCCAUUGGCAGGCCUUAUCCCUGGAAAAAGUUUUCAGCAACAAAGAGAAGCAAUGAAGCAAACCAUAGAAGAAGACAAGGAGCCAGAAAAAUCAGGAAAACUCUGGUGUGCGAAGAAAAACAAAAAGAAACGGAAAAAGGUUUUAUACAAUGCAAAUAAAAAUGAUGAUUAUGACAAUGAGGAAAUUUUGACCUACGAGGAAAUGUCACUGUAUCAUCAACCAGCAAAUAGGAAACGGCCUAUUGUUCUGAUCGGCCCACAGAACUGCGGUCAAAAUGAAUUGCGGCAGCGACUUAUGAAUAACGAAGUGGAUCGCUUUGCUUCUGCGGUUCCCCAUACUACUCGGAGCAGGCGAGAGACGGAAGUAGCUGGAAGGGAUUACCAUUUCAUUUCCCGACAGGCAUUUGAGAGUGACAUAGCUGCAGGAAAGUUCAUUGAGUAUGGAGAGUUUGAAAAGAACCUCUAUGGUACUAGCAUAGACUCCGUGCGGCAAGUAAUCAACUCUGGCAAGAUAUGCCUUUUAAAUCUUCAUACCCAGUCACUGAAGACACUACGUAAUUCUGACUUGAAGCCAUAUAUUAUAUUUGUUGCACCACCUUCACAAGAGAGAUUACGUGCUUUAUUGGCCAAAGAAGGGAAAAACCCAAAGCCAGAAGAGCUGAGAGAAAUCAUAGAGAAGACGAGGGAGAUGGAACAGAACAAUGGCCACUACUUUGAUACAGCAAUUGUGAAUUCUGAUCUUGAUAAGGCGUAUCAAGAGUUGCUUCGGUUAAUAAACAAACUUGACACAGAACCCCAGUGGGUGCCCUCUACCUGGCUACGAUGAGAGAGCAAUUCCAAAGGACAGAUGGACUUCAGUCUAGUAGUCUUUCCAAGGAGAUCGUGUGUAGGUCUGCCCAAUUCUAGUAUAAAUGCGUAUGAGCUCUAGACCUCAGUGGCUGCGUCCUUUGCCAGUGAAAUUGCGUAUUACUGAAAAAAUACGCUAAUCAGCUUGUGAGCCGAUUUAUCUGAUCUAAAGAUUGUCCAAGUUUUCUUUCUCUGUGGUCUAGAAAUGGAGACCUUGUCAGUACUAAAUUCUAAAGCUUUAGAUAGGUUUUUCUAGCAACUACUUUUAUACAUAAAUCCACCUUUUUUACCUAGAAUCACCCUUAUGAAAUCAAAGAUUUUAAGUGUGUGUGUGUAUAUACAUUCCGUGCUGUCACAUAGUUAUAAAUAUGAAUGUUAUUUAACACUUAACUUAAUGACUUUGUGGGA